GGGAAAGAAAACUGCUUAUAUUAAAUUCCUAAAAACAAACAUUCAAACGUCCAACCAAAUCAACAAUCAAACAUCAUUCUUACUUUCUACCCACGACAUCCCUGUAAACACCAUAUAACCAAUAGACCCUCUCACUCACUGAUCAGACAUAUAAUAAACCUUCCAAAGCUGAAUGAGACUAAUCGCUGAACAUACGAGAGAUUCAAAGCUAUUAUCGGAAAGAUUAGUCCGAUUGCUUCCUCACAUUCUCACAUAAAAAACCCAACUAUCCCCUAACCCGACUAGCAAAAUAAAAAAGCAGUACUGAAAGCUAAAAUUACACACGGCAUAUAAAUGAAUAACACUGAAUCGGAUAUAACAAUAAUUAAAAGGAUAAAUUUCUUGACUCCUAGCACCUCAUUCGAUCCAUGACGGUGGUUCAGGAGGAGGCCAGUCCAGGAGGAGGCCGAUCCAUCAGGACCGUUGCGAAUGAUUCUUCAUCGCCAAUCGAACUUUGGCCUUCAUCAAACCCGUCGCCCGACAUCAAUCUGGGACUUGCUGGAAACAAGGCUUUGCCGCUGACCAUAAUUGACAUCGUUCGCUACACACAAACUGCCGCUAGCAGAUUCUGCCGACUCAAUUGCGGCAUCGCUCUCACCGACGAAGCCUUGCACACAAACUGCCGCCUUGACUACAUGGUUGGUCCUUGCCUCUGUCGAGACCUAUGUCGUCCGUUAAGCUUUUCAAAACUAUCCUGCGAGCAAAUUUUCCACAGUCCAAACCCUAGGCCAACUGGAGCCUCCGUCUGCUUUCCUUUUUAACGAUAUACUUAAUAAAUAUACUUGCAAAAAGCCUUCAAACAAGCUUAGAUCGAUGAUGAUGAUGAUGAUGAUGAUAGUGAUGAUGAUGAUAAUGAUGAUGAUGGUGGUGGUGGUG